GUUAGUUGUGAGACGUUAAUUUCUCAGUGAAUAAUUUUGUUCUUCAAGAUCAGUGAUUUAUUGAAAGUGUUUUAAAAUGGCAGAUUCAGUUCAAGUUGCUCCUGCACCAACAACCCCGAAGAAAGCAGCCAAGAAGGUCGCUGGAGGUCCGAAAAAACCAAAGGCUAAACCGACUCAUCCACCAACCUCAUCAAUGGUUAAUGCCGCUAUCAAGUCUUUGAAGGAACGUGGAGGAUCUUCACUCCCAGCCAUCAAGAAGUACUUGGCAUCUAACUACAAGGUUGAUGUAGAGAAGCUGGCCCCAUUCAUCAGGAAGUACCUCAAAAGUGCUGUUGCUGGUGGAAAAUUAAUUCAAACCAAAGGCAAAGGUGCGUCCGGUUCGUUCAAGCUCGCUGCAAAGGAUAAGACCAAAUCUGACAAACCCAAGGCGGCUGCCAAGAAAUCUAAGACUACCAAACCUAAGAAAGCAGCUGGAGAAAAAGUUGCUAAAAAGAAGGCGGCUUCCGGUGCCGCAAAGGCUGCGAAGAAAUCUGGCAGUGUGAAGACGAAGGCGCCGAAGGAGAAGAAAGCAAAGACGUCUAAAGUCAUCAAGACGAAAGCACCCAAACCAAAGAAGGCUGCCAAGUCUGCUUAAAUUGGAAGAUUGUGUGAAGUAGAAGGCGCGAGGAAGUCGAUACUUAACAUCAGCCCUUUUCAGGGCUACCACGAGUUUUAACAAAGAGUAAAAGUUCACAUUUUCAGGUUUUUUUAGGAUGAUGGCUGAGCCCUUGUUUGCGAUUU